UCGGUGCCGCUCUGCCGCUCGGUGCCGCUGCUCGCUCCGCGCUACAGACAUGUCCGCCACGGGAACAGGCGGCUGCGGUCCCGGGCCAGGACCCUCCGCGGGCUCCGGGACCGGGGCCUCCAACCCCCGCAAGUUCAGCGAGAAGAUCGCGCUCCACACGCAGCGCCAGGCCGAAGAAACGGCCGCUUUCCAGGAGGUGAUGAUGGACAUCAGCUCCACCAGGCUCCAGGCCCAGAAGCUGCGUCUGGCUCGGACACAGGGCCCGUACUAUGGAGGCUCUCUGCCCAACGUCAACCAGAUCGGGAGGAACCCACAGGACUUCCAGGGCUCGUUUCCGUCGGCGCUGGAGUCCAACCGCUCGACACGACAUCACGGUUUAGUGGAACGAGUCCAGCGAGACCGACGCUUCAUGUCCCCUGUGCGGCCGUAUCGCAACAGACCUGUGGACAACUCUCCGUACAACUCGUCGUACCUGUCUCCGCCCCCUGACCCCAGCUGGAGGAGGAAUUGGUGUGGAAACUUCGCGGGGGACAAAAGCCAGUUGUACCGUCUCCCCUCUGCGGCACUGAACAGGACAAAUUCCGACUCUGCGCUCCACACCAGCGUCAUGAAUCCUCCCGCAGCGGACCCCUUCACCACCGGGGGGCACACUCUCACCCCACAGAACAGCCGCAGGACAGGUCAAAACGAUGGAGAAAGAGCCAGAAUGUUCCCGUACCCAGUUCCUCCCAUCGAGGAGAACGUGCUGAGUGAAGGCAAACUGCUCAAGCCCUGGGACGCCAAAAAGUUGCCAAUGCUCUCGUCUCGACCCAAAUCCUGUGAAGUCCCAGAUAUAAAUAUCUUCACGUCUCCAGAGCAGCCCACAGCGGUCUCUCACAGCGUCCCCUCUGCGCUGAACACCGGAGGCUCAUUACCAGACCUGUCCAUCCUUCACUUCCCCUCGCCGCUCCCCACGCCGCUGGACCAGGACGAGCCCGCCGCGUACCCAGGGCCCUCCUCUCUGAGCGGGGGCAGCAGCACGGGCAACCUGGCCUCUACCCUCACUCACCUGGGCAUCACAACCGGGAACACAGGGCCAGGAGGCAACUACCACCAACACAUGCAAGGCAUGCUGGCGUCUCUACAGAGCACACUCAGUAACCCUUCUCUCCCUUCGUCUCUGAGUAACCCAAACCUCCAGUCCUCUUUGAGUGGCCAUGCCUUCCCUGCGUCGCUCCACUCAUCCGUCUCCAAUCCCUCGCUUCAGUCCUCCCUCCACUCCUCACUGUCCAAUCCCUCGCUUCAGUCUUCACUUAGCUCCUCCCCCUCAUCUCUCAGCAGCCAAUCACUGCACUGCCCCUCCUCUCUGAGCAGCCAAUCCCUGCACUCGUCUCUCAGCAGCUCGUCCCUGCAGUCAGGCGGAGGAAACCCCGCCUAUGGCAGCGGAGUGGGCGGAGCCUCGCUCAGCACGUCACCGCGGCGACGGGCACAGCUUUCGCCGCUGAUUCUGCCAAUGGGCGCCGAGUCUCGGAGGCACCACGCCAAGCAGUUCUCCCCGACCAUCUCGCCCACGCUCUCCUCCAUCACACAGGGCGUCCCGUUGGACACCUCUAAACUGCCUCUGGACCAGCGGCUGCCUCCAUUUCCUCUGAGCCAAAACCAACAGCGACUGCAAACGCAACAGAUGCACAACCUGAGGAACAGCCUGAGCCACAACGCCACCUACGGGCCCACGCAGAGGGCGAUGUCCCUGAAUACGCAGAGCUCGCCUCUGAUAAAGAGCGAGUCUUUGGACCAGUGCAGCUCGUCCACUUCCUGUCCGAACCAGCUCAAACAGGAAGUGGAGGCGGAGAGGGGUCGGACGUUACCACAGCUGCAGCAAAUCAGCCACAACCUGGCCACUGACCUGGGCCUGUACAAUGACGCUCUGUUUAACUCUCUCCUGGAUGACCCAUACCUGAGUCUGCAGCUCACAGGGAAGUCCAACCAACAGUUCUCCUCAGAUCCUGGUUCUGAUGGACUCUCUCUGAACCACUCGGGUCUGAGCUGUCACGGUUUGGACCGGACUCACUCAACUGUGGAUCUCCAGGAUCCAAACCAGAACCAGAGCCAUGCGUACAACCAGGAGGCGCGCCACAACGUCCCCAACAUCAUCCUCACCGGGGACUCUCCUCCAGGCCUGUCUAAGGAGAUUACCAGCGCUCUGUCCCAUGUCCCUGGGUUUGAGAUGGACCCCUUUUCUCUGGACGACCCGUUGAGGAUCGACCCUUUGGCCCUGGACAUGCUGGACGGUGACCUCAUGUUAGCUGACCCUGCCGUGGAGGAUUCCUUCAGAUCGGACAGGCUCAAAUGACCUUUCACCUCUCCCCUCUCCCCUCUCUCUGCGGAGGAGCCUAAACUGCGAUCACACACACACACGCACACACACACACUCGGCCUUUAUAUCCGAUCUCCUCCAUGCAGCUACAACACGUCUGACCCUGUUUAUACCUGAAAUCCACUUUUUUUUUUUUUUAACAGUAACUUUUCAACAGAGCCCAGCAAACUGGUUCUGAAAGUAAAGGUCACAUUUAUUUGCCAAAACAUCUUCAAACAUGAAAAUAUAAUAAGAUGCUCUAUAUAACUUUUCUGGCAGGGUUCUCUCACCUGCUCAUCUCCAUGGAAAUAAGAGAAUCUUUAUAUGACCACAGUGGGGAAAUUCCAGUGUUGCAACCACAGACUGUAUAAAGAAGUGGACUAAGGGAGUGUGUCGUCACCCAUAGUGUUUGGCUCCAGUCAAAUGAAGCUCACACGGUUAUCAGUUAUCGGUCAGUUACAGGAGUGACUUUGGAGUCAGCUCCAUAUUAGGAAUAGGAUUUGCUUUAUGGACAAAACGGCAAAACAAAAGCACCAGGAUCAUGUAGAGCGGGUUAAUACAAACAUUUUAAGACCAAAAUGAGGAGUUUAACAGCGCCAACUGUGGAGUUGUUUAUUGCCAUAGUUAAGGGAAAGCAAUGACAUCUCCAUGGAAACAAGACAGUGGCAGGUUCUACACCAGAAAAGUGGCAUAGUGCAUCUUUAGGAAUUUGAAGUUAUGGCAUAAGCUAACCAGCUGUGGGCUAAUCAUUCUGUAUAUAGUUUUUCUAUUUAAAAUGUGGAAAUAUGCGCAUAUGUUAUUUAAACAUUUGAGUUUCAGAUCUGUGUUAAGUCAUAUUGUGUUUUAUGGUUAUGAGUUGGCCCACAGCUGAUUAGCUCCCAUCCAGCAGUUACUCUUAAUUGAUACUUUUGCAGUGACAUCACAAUGGGGGUGUUAUUUGUGUCUGUGAAUGGCCAGAUGUUUAGCAGUCAACAGUGUAGACACAAUGCAUACUUUAGCAAGCACUGACAAAAAAGUUUUAGGAUAGUCUGAAAGCGAAAGAAAAAAAUGCAAAAUAGAUUUAAAAAGCUAUUUUUCCAGAGCCUUUGAUCUGUGUGAGCGUCAUGCUCCUGUUUAGGAGUUUGAUUUUCAACUAAAAGGUGAAAGUGACUCACUGAAAAACUGUGAUUUUUCUGUUAUGUGGGAGGGGCGUGUCUAACAGCACACAUCAGAUCACCUGUUUCUGGUUAAUGCCGGGCGUACACUGUGCAAUUUUUGACCCUUUUUGAGCUGAUUUUUCGCUUGUGCGACUGUUUUGGGGAUCGGGCCGAGUUUUGACUUCAUCGUGUGUCGUGCUUCGUGUAGUUUACAUGGGGUAAAGAGAACCGAUUAAUGGCUCACGACCAGCUCCCGAUCGACAUUCGAAGGUCGCAAGAAAAUCAAACUUGUUUGAAAUCCAGUCGCCUCUCGUGAGGAUUUCGCUCUGAUGAAGUUGUUCCACGAACCGAUUUGCCAGAAUCUGGCAGACUGCGCAUGCGUGGACACAGAAGUGUCUCAGCAUUGUGUCUCUGCACAUCUGUGGUUUUCUAAUUCCGUGGUUUUCUUCUUCGUGGUUUUCUACUUCCGGAACAACAACUUUGACAACUCCGGUCGUAAUGUGAACGUACAGUGUGAGCAGGCAAGUCGCAUCCGAGCAUCGGUUCGUUCAGUGUGAGAACAUGAUUCAUGAGCUGUGAACUUUUAAACCCUGUGAUUUGGUCGUACAGUUUAAGCUGGGGCUGAGUGACACGACCGAAAAUAUCGCACAGUGUACGCCCGGCAUAAGUCACUUCUGUAUGGUCAGAUUGUGAUUAAUGUCUAACUUGAGUAACAGAGAUUCAGACAGAGCAGUGCCUACAGUUAGAUAGUGAAUGUUGGUGACAUCAGAUGUAAAGUAUCAAUAUUUAUUUCAAAAAGUGACUUUUACUUUUGGAACCAGAAAUGACCAUCUGCACUUUCAAAUUGGCCUAAAAUAUUUUCUGAAAAUAUCAAAAUUUCAGAUGAAGUCCAAGCUUCAGUCUCUAAUAUGGGUGCAUUUAAUUCUACAGCACUUGUUUGGACUCUUCACUCCCUCACUUAUUCUCUCACAGUGGGUAAUGUGUCUUGCUCAAUGGCCCCACAACAGCAUGCACAGCUAACAGCGGGAAUCACACUGCCAGCCUUUUGUGAAUGGGCAGAGUUUUGACCGCCACAGCUUUUUGCUCCUCUCCACUUUUCGAAAUCCUGUUGCCUUUUUGUGAGAUUUCACCACGAAAAGGCUCCGUCCGAAGUCACCUUUAGUUUUUCGAGUCUGUUUCAAACGCUUCUGUGGAACCGCAGCGCUACCAGCAAAAGGACAAAAACCAGAGCGCACAAGCUGACGCCCAGAGGGGGACACGUCUGAUAAUGCUUCUGUCUGGGACUUUCUUUUCGGAGAUAUUAAACAGGACUCCGCCCACUCCCGCAUGACUUACCAAUCAGAGCGAGGAGCAGAGACAUGUGACCGGAUGUGAGUUUUGUGCAUGAUAUCGAGACAUUUCUUUGGCAGUCGCUUCAGCGCUUGACUCACUGGGAAUUUUAUGGAGUUUUAACAACAAAAAAACUAGUUGGAAGCAUGAGACAAAUCAGGUUAACUGCUUUUCUAUUGGAUUCAGUGAGAAUGUGGUCCACCUGAUUAUGCAGACUAUACCUUUUUAUAUAUAUAAAUAUAUAUUCUACUAUUUUCCUAACAACAAAAUUUUAACCUUAGUAGAGUUCAUACUAAUACUAAAAAGUUAAUCCUAACAAUCGGGCUACGUGAAGUGUGUUGCUCAAAGGUAGAGGUCUUUGGAGGAAUUUGCAUAAAAAUCACCUUUCGCUAAGAAUCAACUGAUGUAAAGGUUAAGGCCAAAAACAAAAUCAGAUCUUUACAGGAAAUAAGCCAUGGUGUAAAAACGAUAUCGCCAAGAAAUCAGUUUAACUUUUAAAUCAUGUUUUACAAAAUACUAUUUUUUGUCAAGCUAAAAGGGCAGUUUUAAGAGUUUGUUAUUAAAAAAAGACUGUAUUUUACAAACUGUUAAAUAUAUUUUAAGCAGUUUAAAGACCUAUUUUCUCCCACAGAAAUCUAUUUAUGUAAAAUGACGUCAGAAGGAAACGCACUUUAACUCAAGUUACAAGUCAAAAAGAUCUGAAUAUGAUUGUUAAAGCAUGACUUAAAUGAAGUUUUUUAUAUGUAAACCUAUGCUUAUUAUGGAGAGGCGGAGGAUGACAGGAGCUUUGAAGUUACAUUCACAGAAAUUAGGGAUGGGAAACCAAAACAUCUAUAGUUUUAUUGCUUUGAGGUGAAUAAGAAAUGCACACCAAAACCAGCAGAGGGCAAUGUUGUCUACACACCAAUAGAUUCUCCUGUCUGUCUCUUAAAGGAACUGUCUGUAAGAAUAUAGAUUUGAAAUUUCUUAAACUUAUUUGACUUAUUUGUGUCCCAAGAUACAAGUUAAACAUGCUCAAAUCAAAUAGAGCGUUUACUGAGAACUAUUGUAAUGUCUUAAUUACAAAUACAUGAAUGGCCAAGUUGUAAUAAGCUGGUUUCAAUUCUCCAAUCAGAAAGCAGAAUGAGCCUUACAUGACUCUCGUUUGGGUUGCCAGUUCCAACACUGAAAUCCAGUUGCUUUAAACCUCAAAUGCUUCUCUCUGAUCUGAAACCCCAGUGCCUGCAGCCAUUCAUGAGUCAGUGCUAGUGAAGCCUCUGCAGCUCACGGAGAGAAUUCUGGAGAUUGUGAGCUUCACAUGAGGCCUGUUCCUGAACUGAGAAUGAGACAAAUGCAGGAUGUGUCUCUGUCUGCAGGUGAAGUCUCUGGAGACACAGGUUUAGUUGUGGUUUUAAAACUGUACGAAGCAGGAUACAUACAGCUCCUUUUAAAGAAGCUCUUUCUAACUUUUCCGGAAGAGGCUCUGUCACCUGCCAGAGAGAUGCUGUUGCUUUGCCUGUAUUGUUCCACAGUAUGGCAUUAAACUUUGUCUCUUUAUCCAUGAAGCCACGCAGCUUGCAAGUUCCAGGCAGGUUUGGUGUCCCGUCCCUAAUGUGUGCAUGUCCUCGUCCUCUCCCUGACGCUCAGGCUUCUACAGGUUUAGUUCAGAUUUAAACGAAAAACAAAAACAAGCAAACCCCCAAAACAAGCAGCUUUGCUUUGCACGAGUUACCUGAAAGAUACAUUUCUUACAAAAAAUCCCUUAAUUAAAAAACAAACAAACAAAAGAAUAAAAGACCAACUGAGCCUAAACUGAACCAAACCCAUGAUGUUUGGGGAGGACUCAAGACUAAAACGAGUCAUCUUGGAUUAUUCAAAAAGUGUGUUUGGAAUAUUUAAAGAGGGGGUAUUAUGUCAAAAUAGUUUUUUUUUUUCAUCUUUCAUGAUAUUAAUGCUGGUCCCUUAUCAAAAACAUGCCUGAAGAUGUUUUAGAGUCAUCCAUGCAUGUUUGAGUAAUCUAGUGAUCUCUCCUGGACCCUAUUGAAACCCUGCUUACGGUUAGCAGUACAAACCUGUACAAGACUCCACCCACAAGUGUCCCCCAUGCUCCCACAUGACAAUUCUCCAUAAAUCUACAAAAACAUGAUAUACAUGGUCAUGGUCAUGGUGCUGUACACAGCAUCAUGACAAACCUGAUGUGAUGUGGGAUGUUCAUUAGUGGGAUGUACCCUGAUUGUGUUUUGAUUGUGCUCUGAAGGGGGAAUGAGUUAGCACAGGGAGCAAAGGGAUAAUAAGAGCACGUAAAUACCCCCUCUUUAAAAUUAAAACAGAAGUUUGCCAAAGGUAAUUAAAGCCAACAGUGACCUGAAACACUAAGAUCCAACUUGGAUUGAAUAAACUCAGGAUUAAUUCAGGGCUGAGGCUAAACACAGAAGUUCAAGUGAGGCGAAUUCAAAAUAAACAGGUUUAAAUCAAAGCUCAACUCAAUAAAUCCUAAAUGAAGCAUUUAAAGUUUAAACUGUGACAUCUGAAGCCACUCACUGUGAUUGACAGCGCUAUGCCCCACCCCUUGCUCCUGCUCUUCUAGAAAGUUACUGAAGCUCUUUUGGGAGUUUGUUUGAGAGAGUUAAAGCCUUUAGCGGGCACGUCUUUAACUCUGAGCUGUGUCAGUGUGGGGACAGUCUGUUAUCAAAAGCAUCUUUAAAACUUUUAAGUGUGAAUGACGCACUAAUUUAUGUCAACAUAUUCAUCCGCCAGGUCUGCACUGAAAAUAAUGUCACUAAUGUUUGGUUUGUUGGGGCAUUUUGAUCAGUCAUAUUUAAAGAUGCACUAUGGAACUUUUAAAGUAAGUUUGUCAUCUGCUUUUCUCCACCAGAGGUGGCAGCAUAGUCACAAACUGUACUCAAGUAAGAGUAACAUUACUUCAAAAUAAUAUUACUCAAUUAGAAGUUUUAAGCAAUGAUUCAAGAAAUUACUCAAGUGAGAGUAAAAAAGUAUUUGGGAAAAGUACUACUCACAUAAGAGUAACUUAAAGAGUAACUAUUCAGAUGUAACAUGUUAUUUAUAAUAUAAACUGCAUUUAAUUUGAAGUCCAAAACCUGAAAUAAGUCACUAAAUCUGGUGUUUUCAAAGGACAGACACAAAAAUGAGACAAACGAAAUCAGAUCUGAAGGAGCUACAAGAAACACAAAUGUUCAAAUCACCACAAGGUUUACUCAAGUAAGAGUACUGUUACUUAUAACAGUAGGAAAUGUUGCUUAAGUAGGAGUAUGCUGCUAGAAAAGUACUCUGAAUAGUACAAUAUUUCAAAAGUUUGUCAAGUAAAUGUAACUGAGUACUCCCCACCUCUGGUCUCCAUAGAGAUGCUUGGCCUGGAAUAUUCCUCAGCAGGGUCACCUCUCCACAGAUCUGACCUGGCCUUGUCACAUUCCUUCCUGGUAUCAGUGGAGAUAGUGGUUUGCCUGGAGAGCUACACAGCACAGCAUUAAAUGAUGAACAUGAACAUAAAAAUGAACAUGUUGGAGUCCAGCAGGUGGCGGACCUCCAAAUGAAAAGUUACAUAGUGCUUCUUUAAUAGAAACCCACUGGAUCAACUUUUGUCCACGUGCAUUUAAAAAUGAUGCAUUUCCAGCUCCACGUUUGACUUGUGUGUUGUGUUUUGUUUCAUUCACAUGUUUGAAUACUUUUAUUAUCUGUCUGUCUACAUCUCCAAAGCUCAGAAUGCUCUGUUCCACCUUGUGAUGUCAUGUAGUGAUAGUCUUUUUACCUUUAGUUCUGUAGAUUUAAGGACUGAAAUUACCCAAAUGAUCCUAGUGAAGGCGUAUGGAGUUAGAGCAGUUUACCACAUGACAUCACAAGGGUGGAAUAAAGUGUUUGAACUCACCCUAAAUGUGCAGGUUUGUGUGUUAAACGUGUGUGAAUGAAACAAAACACACCUUUCAGUCUGUUUGUGACGAGGAAACUCCAUUCAAACAUAGAUCCAAAAAUAGCAUUAUAUGAGUCUUCUAACAUAUAAUACACAAAAACACAAAAUGUACAAAAACAGACUAUGGAAGCGUUUUGUGCCCAGUCAGAAAGUGGUCUGAAAAAGAAAUUGUUAUAAUAUUUCAAAUGUUGAAAUGUGUUACCUGCAGGUCACCCAAGUGCGUCUUCAAGUCUUUGACAGAACCAUAUUUUGAGUGUUGAAAUGUGUUUAUUUUGUUUAUAGAAAUUCCCUUCACAUUUACAUUUAGAAUAGUCAAAUCCAACUGUUUUAGAGCUACUAUUUAUCUUAUUUUAUGAACUUAAAAUUGUUACUGAAAUAUUUUUGUUUUGGGAUAUUUUUAAUUUUUAUGAGCAUUUUUUUUUUUCUUUUUUUUUUUUUUUUUUUGUCAAACCUGGAUUUUAAAGUAGAAGGAAACAGUCGGCGCUGGAAGCCGAUUGGACGUAGUUUAUAAAGAGGCGUGGCUUACAAAAAUGUUCAUGAUUACUGCUAAAUUUCUUACAUUUCUUUGGAUAGUAGAUUUAAAGUUUUGCUUAUGAGAUUAUCUUUAACAAACCUGUACAGUUUUAGAAUAAAGGAGUUUCUAACACACACAGAUCUGACACUGUGUAACACCAGCACAGAGUUGAAUUGGACAAGAUGAGUUGAGUAGAAGUUAAAGCACUGCAAACAGCCAAAUCUCACUUACAGAAAAAUGUAUAGUUCAUAUUCACUGUUACUUUGACAUUGUUAAAGCAGUGUUUCUCAACUGGAGGGACCCGGACCAAAAGAGCAGAGUUGUACGUCAGAUGCCCUUCCACAGUGAACACCCAGGGACACUGUGUAUAUGUAUAACAUGCUCUUGGGUGAGAUUUGAAUGGCCGACUGUCUGGUUGGUGGGCAAAUGCUUAACCUGAUGAGAAACUGUCUCCUGUAAUGCCCUUAAUAUGGAGAAGGGAACAGGAGUGUGCACUAGUGCCAUACGAGCGGGACUCUCAGAGUGUGCGUCAGCUGAGAAACACUGUCCAGGAGAACGAGCUCAGAAGGGCCAAGUGACACUUUGAACACACUUUUCUCCACUCAUUUCAUUUCAAACUUAUAAAUGGAGCAAACCCUUUAAAGGUGAAUUAUGUCACUUUUCUAGUACAGGGAACACAAGCUGCUUGUCACCAUGGAGACUGCUUUGUCUGGAAUGAUCCACAGUAUGGUGUUUAUCUAUUUUGCAUUUAUUCAAUUACAAGUGUUUUCAAUAUAAAACAACAAAACAAACAAUAUCAAAAACAUAAACACUUGCAGAGUUGUUCAAUUAAUUGUAAAUUACUUUGAUUAAUUUGUGUUUUUAUUUGAGAUUUUGAAACACUGCAAAAUCAAGAAAUCAAGGAUUUCAGGGACAGGUUCACUCCUGACUUUCUCACAGGCAAAUGGUAUGUAAAAAAACAGAUUCAAAUGUAACUGAAGGCACUUUCUUUCCCCUGUUUGAAACAGAUGGUUUUAAACUUAUCUUAGAGAUAAGUUUAAAACCAUACCACGGAACAUUCCAGUCAAAGCAACAGUAUCUUCACACAAGCAGGUGGCGCCCCUUCUGCAGAAAAGUGACAGUGCUCCUCUAAAGCAGAUCUUUAAAAGCAGAUGCAUUUGUGCUUUUGAUCAAUAACUAAUUAGGCAAUUGCUUCAUAUUAUUUGAUCUCUAGAUUUUGAGUGAAAUCUGUUUAAAUCUUUUGGUCCAACCUGUCACUUGCUCCUGUCGGCCCUGCGUGUGUUGUACAUUUGUUGCUGUAUAUUUGGUUUAUAUGAAGGUCGUGUGUGGCUCUGUUACUUUCUCGUUGCACUGUUGUGUAUUUUCAGAUGUUUGUGAGAUGUGUUCAACGCCGUUAUGCAACAAAAGCAGGAUCCGUUUAAGGCCAUAUUUCAUACUUUUUCAUCUUUUAUAUUGUUGUGUCAUUAUGAAAGCGGCUUGUGUUUUUUAGGCUUCAGUCCAAUUUUGUCUGUGCUUCUUUGUAUUUGAAUAAUAAACAGCUGUGUUCACAUAUUUGUAAUGUUAAUAAUAGCACGGACUGUGCAUAUGGACUCUGGAGGUUUUUAAACAGACAGUACCGCAUUAUUUUACACCAAAUAAACAUGAAACUACCCCC